AUGCCCGAGACGGGCGCGCCGGCCCCGGGCUCGCAGGAGGGCGAGCGGCAGAGGCGAGCCCCGGGGGACGCGGAGCCGGCACCGGCCGGGGUCUUGGACAAGCUUUUCGGGAAGCGACUGCUCCAGGCCGGGCGCUACAUCAUGUCCCACAAAUCCUGGAUGAAGACGGUGCCCACCGAGAACUGCGACGUGCUGAUGACCUUCGCCGACACGACGGACGACCACACGCUGCUCUGGCUCCUGAACCACAUCCGGCUGGGCAUCCCCGAGCUCAUCAUCCAGAUCCGGCACCACCGGCACACCAAGGUGUAUGCCUUCUUCGUCACCGCCACCUAUGAGAGCUUGCUGCGUGGGGCGGACGAGAUCGGGUUGCGGAAGCCGGUGAAGGCCGAGUUCGGGGGGGGCACGCGCAGCUUUUCCUGCGAGGAGGAUUAUAUCUAUGAGAACAUCGAGAAUGAACUCUUCUUCUUUACCUCCCAGGAACGGCAGAACAUCAUCAGGUACUGGCUGGAGAACCUGCGAGCCAAGCACGGGGAAUCGCUGCACAACAUCCAGUUCCUGGAGGGGCAGCCUGUCAUCCCCGAGCUGGUGGCCCGCGGCGUCAUCCAGCAGGUGUUCCCCGUCCAUGAGCAGAGAAUCCUCAACCGGCUCAUGAAGUCCUGGGUGCAGGCGAUCUGCGAGGCCCAGCCCUUGGACGAGAUCUGCGAUUACUUCGGGGUGAAGAUCGCCAUGUACUUUGCCUGGCUCGGCUUCUACACCUCGGCCAUGGUGUACCCCGCUGUCUUUGGCUCCAUCCUCUACACCUUCUCCGAGAACGACCAGACCAGCCGCGAUAUCUGUUGUGUGGUCUUUGCCAUCUUCAACGUCAUCUGGGCCACGCUCUUCCUGGAGGAGUGGAAGCAGCGGGGGGCUGAGUUCGCCUACAAGUGGGGGACCCUGGACACGCCUGCUGAGUCCAUUGAGGAGCCCCGGCCACAGUUCAGGGGCCUCAAGAGGAUUAGCCCAGUGACCAACGUGGAAGAGUUCUACUACCCGCCAUGGAAACGUCUGCUCUUCCAGUGCCUGGUCAGCCUGCCCGUGUGCCUCAUCUGCCUCUCCUUUGUUUUCUUCGUCAUGCUGGGGUGCUUCGAGCUGCAGGAGUUUGUGCUGAGCAUCAAGGAGCUGCCCCGGCUCAUCCGCUUCCUGCCCAAGAUCGCCUUGGCCCUCAUCGUCACAGCCUGCGAUGACGUCUACAGGAAGAUCGCGUACUGGCUGAACGACAUGGAAAACUACCGGCUGCAGAGUGCCUAUGAGAAACACCUCAUCAUUAAAAUCGUCCUGUUUCAGUUUGUAAAUUCAUACCUAAGUCUUUUCUACAUCGGUUUCUACCUCAAAGACAUGGAGCGGCUGAAAGAGCUCCUGCUCAUCUUCUCUCUCUCCCAAAGCCUCGUGCGUCAGCUCAGAGACGCUAUCCUUCCCUUCAUCACCCUUCAGCUCCACCUCUUUCUCAUCUCCUUUAAGGGCCUCCUGAGCUUUGGCUGGAGCCUGGCAGUAUCCAAAAUGCUGGCCACGCUGCUCAUCACCCGCCAGUUCUUGCAGAACAUCAAGGAGGUCUCCCAGCCCCAUCUCUACCGCAAGAUCCAGCGGGGCGACCUGAGCUUGCAGAAUAUCCGCGACAUCUCCCACACCAUCUUCCGCCUGCUCGCCCAGAGAUACACGGCGCCCAGGCCGGGCCCUGAGCCCCGGCCUGCAGAGCAGCCGGCCAGGCUGGGCCCCGAGCCUGAGGGGGCAGGCAAGGGACCCCAGGGGGAGAAGUGCCUCAACGGGGGUUGUGGCGUCCCCGAGGAGGAGGAGAAGCAGGAGUCGGACUCGGAGGACGAGAGCGUCCUGGACUGCGGGCUCAAGCUGAAGAAGGUGAGCUUCAUCGAGCGGGCCGAGCGCCGGGGCCGGGAGCUGGGUGCCAUGGAGGACGCCAGCUUCCUGGAGGAGGGCAGCCCCACCAUGGUGGAAAAAGGCAUGGACCCUGCUUCCGUCUUCGAGCUAGCUGAGGACGAGGAGGAGAGCGACGGGCCCUCUGGCAGCCCCCUCCCAGAAGCCAAGGAGCUGGCGGUGACCCUGCGGGCCCGGCGGGGCCGGGUGGCCGAGAGCCAGGAGGAAGAGGAGGAGGAGGAGGGCAGGAAGCGGAACCGGGCUUCCUGGAUUGACCCACCGGAGGAGAACUACUCCCCCCACCUCACCCAGGCCGAGGUGGAGAGCUGCAUGAAGAAGUACGAGGACACGUUCCAGGAUUACCAGGAGAUGUUCAUCCAGUUUGGCUAUGUCGUUCUCUUCUCCUCCGCCUUCCCCCUGGCCGCCCUGUGCGCCCUCAUCAACAACAUCAUCGAGAUCCACAGCGAUGCCUUCAAGCUGUGCACCGGCCUGCAGCGCCCCUUCGGCCAGAGGGUGGAGAGCAUCGGGCAGUGGCAGAAAGUGAUGGAGGCCAUGGGCGUCCUGGCCAUCGUGGUGAACUGCUACCUGAUCGGUCAGUGCGGGCAGCUGCAGCGGCUCUUCCCAUGGCUCAGCCCGGAGGGAGCCAUCAUCUCCGUGGUGGUGCUGGAGCACUUUGCCCUGCUCCUGAAGUACCUCAUCCAGGUCGCUAUCCCUGACAUCCCAGCCUGGGUGGCAGAGGAGAUGGCAAAGCUGGAGUAUCAGCGCAGGGAGGCCUUCAAGAAACACGAGCGGCAGGCGCAGCACCACUACCAGCAGCAGCAGCGGCGCAAGCGGGAGGAGGAAGAACGGCAGCGGCAAGCCGAGUACCACGCCCGCAAGGAGCGGGAGACCAGCCGGGACGAGGGGAAGCCCGAGGCUGCCGGGCAGGACCCCGGCCACGAGAAGAGCCAGGCCAAAAUUAAAGGGCCCAGCGGCUCAUCCCACAGCUCUGAGAAGCCCAAGAGGCCCAGCUCUCUGCUGGCCACCAACAAUGUCAUGAAACUGAAGCAGAUCAUCCCGCUGCAGAGCAAGUUCCUGUCGGGGGGCAGCGCCGGGACAGCCAGCACCGCCACGGCCCAGUCCCCGACCGGCAGCGAAAACAAACUGCCCGGCUUCCUGAGCUUCAAAUUCCUGAAGUCGCCGGAGACUAAGAGGGACGGGGGCACGGAGAAGGUCCAGUCACCCACCAAACCAUUCAACCCGGGCAAACUGUUCAACUUUGGCAAGUCCGAGGGGGCUGGGGGAGGCGGGGCCAGCGGCAACGGCACUACCGCCUCCCCGCCGCAGCGGCCCGGCCCAUCCUCCGAGGGUGGUGAGAAGCAGCCGCCCAGCAAAGCCCACCUCAACGGGUUGGUGGACAAGGGUGGCAUGGAGGAGGGUGAGCUCAGAGCCGAGGAGGAGAGCACAGACCAUAAACUCUAACUGGGCGGACGGCGGGCAAAGGAGCCACGGAUCCCGGGUCUGUUCUUCAAGCAGAAUUAGGACGUGCCCAGCCUGGCGUGGGGCUCUUAGGACACCUGCUCCCCCCUGCGCCAUCAGGAGAGUGGAGGUGGGUGCGGAACGUGAGCGGUGACCGUCCCAUCCGCCGCAGCACAGGAAAGCAGAGCUCGGCGCCUUGGGCCUUGAGACACCAGCUUUGGUGACGAGAUCAGUGGCCUCAACUCAGUGCCAAGAGGCAGUUCAGCAUCCUGCAGGAGUGGAAUCGGUGGGGGCAGGAAGGCAGGGUUGAGGGGCAUCGCCAGAGCCCAGGACUGGAAAACUAGCCGGGGGGGCUGAACGUUGGGGGAUAGAACUGCGUUGCAGAGGGGGUCCAUGACACACAAGUCCGGUGACUUGACAGAGCAGUGCCUGUUGAAUAUUGUGGGGGAGUAGCAGGGGGCUUGGGUUGGGAGCGAGGGGCAUUGGUAGAGCUCCGUGUGUGCAGGGGGAAGUUGGGGCUAGGACAGCUGGCGGGGCUGGGGGUCAUGCCUGAGGGGCAGCAGCAGGACCACAGGUGGAUUUUCCCCCUUGAGCACGGGGGGUUUUCUCCCUGUCUCCUAGCUGAGUCGGGACCCGCUGGGGCCCUGUGCUCUGCGCACAAAGGGCUUGGGGGGCGGGAUGUGUGUGUGUGUAUGGGUGCUGUAUGUGCAUGUUCCCCAAGUGCUCCCUGUGGGAAAUCUGCCCUAAUGCAGCACCCAGAGCCAGGCACAGAAGCUGGCAGUGCAACCAGGGACAGCCUGAGCUUAAAGCUGGAGGGGUGAGUCAGAUGGGGCUGGGUAAGCAGAGGCAGCAGCAGCCCACAGCGGCCUUGCGCUCAGGAGCUCAGCUGGGGUGUGCUCAGAAGUCCUUUCCCUGGUGUCCCAGGGUGAGUCAGGCUCCCAGGAAGGACUCUCCAAAGCUCCCUUGGCUAUGCCCUCUUGCUGAGCCCCUGGCAUCCCCUGCACCGGGUUCCCUUUCCUGCCAGCUUUGUCCCUGACUGCAGGCAUUUGGGCUGGUGUUGCUACUGCAAACACACACCAGAAGGGGGCGCUCCCUGCCUGCAUCCUCAUAGGGCUCAGCCUUUGCUGCCACAGCUGCCCCAACCCCUGAAUCUGACCCCCUGUGCUCAGGUCAUCCUCAACCCCUGCUACAUGGCGCCAACGUUGCCAUGACGGCCAGCUUGUGUGAAGGGUGGGUCAAGUGUCCAGUGCCCCAGGCAACAGCUGGCGAUGGACUGGAUGAACUAAUGGGCUUUUCGGAUCCCUAAAGUCCAGGGUGGCAUGAAUGGGGUUGGCAUCACACCCGCAUGAUUCGAGUGGCAGCCAUCCAUCAGCCGGGGGAUGGGGAUCUAGCUCAUGGGCCACCCUUGUCAAAGUCUCUAGUCCCUUUGGCCCAGCUGGCUCAGUUCUCCAAGACCAGGCCGGAGCCACCAAUCCUGCUGGGGCUGGCAAGGAGUCACGAGCAUCCCAGCCAGGGGAGCACGGUGGGAGGAACAGAGUGGGCGAGCCCAGGAAUGAGGGGAUGGGGGCACCGGCCUACAGGGGCGAUGUGGAGGCAGAGAUCAGGAGGAAGGGGAGUUGGGUCACUCCUGAAUCACUCACCCCUGCGGUAUCAUCAGGCGGCAGCUGGCAGAAUCCCAUCUGCACUGGAUGCAGAGAGGAAACUCGCCCCUGUUCCAGCUCACCGCCCCCAGAGCUUCCUCCCAACUCUGCAGCCUCGGAAUGAUGUGAUUUUUCCAGUGCCAGGACAUCUUUCUGCUUGAAGAACAGACCGAGGGGUGGGGCAGCGAAUUUCAGCCACAUAAGUUCCAUGCAUGGUCGACAUUUCUUGCACUAACCCCCUCCACCAACCUAACAGACUCUAUUCCGUUCUUCUUUAGACAGCUUAAAAGGCGGAGGCAGAAUCUGGGAGCUGCUGCAUCCCCAGGGUCUGGAAAAUGUUGAGCUUUACAGUUUCCAGAACAAAGAGCGAGCUGUAGUUAUUUCUUCAGAUUUCCAUUGGCAGGGAAGACGGGUAUCCAGCCCUCAGUGACUUUGGAAGAACUGGGACAUUCCCCCUCUCCCCGAUAAGGAGCUUGCACAUAAACAUCUUGGCAGACUGGGGAAAGAAUCUGCUCAAGGUGGGGGGCUCAGUGGGGUGGGGAAGGAUAAAUAACCAAUGUUCUUAGCAACCAAAUAAUUGCAGGG